UGAACGGGGCUGGUGUGUUUUCGCUUGGCACGCGGGUCAGAAGAUUCUGGAAGAAAGGCUUUCUGUGAGGCUGCUGCUUGUUGUCUUCAUUUAAGUUUCUUAAGAUCAUCUGACAGAGGCAACGAUGGUGAAAGAAACAGGCUUUUAUGACACACUUGGUGUGAAACCCAAUGCAACUCCCGAUGAACUUAAAAAAGCCUAUCGCAAAUUAGCCUUGAAGUAUCACCCUGACAAAAACCCUACUGAAGGGGAAAAGUUCAAACAGAUCUCGCAGGCAUACGAGGUUCUGUCAGAUGCCAAGAAGAGAGAGGUGUAUGACCGUGGAGGUGAAAAGGCUAUAAAAGAAGGAGGAACAGGCGGCGGCAGUGGUGGCGGCGGUUUCACGUCUCCCAUGGAUAUCUUUGACCUAUUUUUUGGUGGAGGUAGUCGAAUGCACAGAGAACGAAAAGGAAAGAAUAUAGUUCAUCAAAUCACUGUGACCUUGGAGGAUCUUUACAACGGCGCAACAAGAAAACUUUCUGUACAGAAGAACUGCAUCUGUGAGAGAUGUGAAGGUCGUGGAAGUCGUAAAGGAGCUGCACAGAUGUGCAUGUCCUGCCAUGGUACGGGUGUGCAGGUACGCAUGCAUCAGUUGCUCCCAGGUAUGGUGCAGCAGGUUUCCACCGUGUGCCACAACUGUCAGGGACAAGGACAGCGAAUCAGCCAGAAGGACCGCUGCAAAACAUGCGCAGGACGCAAGAUCAUGCGACAGAAAAAGAUUCUGGAGGUUCACGUUGACAAAGGAAUGAAAGAUGGGCAGAAAAUAGUUUUUCAUGGUGAAGGGGACCAGGAGCCAGGGCUGGAACCAGGUGAUAUCAUAAUCGUCCUCGACCAGCAGGAACAUGCACUUUUCACCAGGAGAGGAGAAGACCUGCUCAUGUCGAUGGAGUUGCAGCUGGUCGAGGCUUUGUGUGGUUUUAAGAGGCCGGUUCAAACACUGGACAGCAGGACUCUCCUCGUUACGGCUCGUCCAGGGGAACUAAUCAAGCCUGGAGACACCAAGUGUGUCCUCAACGAGGGGAUGCCUAUGUAUCGCAGACCUUUUGAGAAAGGACGUCUUAUUAUUCACUUUUCGGUGGUGUUCCCACCAGCCAAUUUCCUCCCCAAGCACAAGCUGAAGGAGCUCGAGCGCUACCUCCCCGGAAAGAUAGACACAGAGCAGACGGACAGCAUGGACGAGGACCUCUACAUCUACGCUGACCUGGAGGACUGUGACUUGGAGAGCAGAAGAAGACACAGACAUCAGUACUACUACAUGGAUGAGGACGACUACACCAGCACCGGGGGCGUUCAGUGCCACACGUCUUAAAUCCCAGCUCAAGACUCUGCCUUUUCCAAAAUCUCCCAUUUCUGAUGCAAUGCACCUUGUUGGACGUUUGUGCACCUUUUCUCGUCCGGUAACUCUGUCUUCGUUUGAAAUUCCCCUCUAGCUCAGUCUUAAGAGUCCUGGCUCACUCUUUAUUUCAACUAAUUGGUUUUGGGCUCGAUGUUGGACUGCUCAUUCCUUAAGGGACCAUAUUUCAAUUCUUCUUUUUUCUUAAUUUCUUUUUUUUUGUGAAGCACUGUGGUUAAACAUGAGGGCUGGUAUCACAGUGUCUUUAAAAGAAAAGAAAAACUCUACUUUCAUUUACACUAAAACCGAUGCCAACAUUCA